ACAGCUUCUUGUCCAUCAUGGUGACCGGCGUGAGGAGGGGUCUUGGAACAUGGGAAAGUUUUCGUGUGAGAUAAGAACGCCUUUCCCCUCCCCUCCAGAAAUAUUUCUGUACGGGCGUCUCUUCAUAAUCAACAUUGAUAGUCCCUCCACAGCCUUUCGAAAUAUCUGAACGACUUCUUACCAAGCAGACACCAUACGCAUCCAAUUCGCAAUGGCCGGCGGUGCUAUGAUCUCCACUGGGGGCACGGUUGAGGGCGGGUUUCUGACUGGAAGAGCUCUUUACUACCCCGUCUUCCUGAUCACCUUACUCUUCUUUCUCUGGGGCUUUUCGUACGGCCUUCUAGAUGUCUUGAAUUCUCAUUUCCAAACUGUUUUAAGCAUUACCAAGCUACAAUCGACCGGUCUCCAAGUUAUGUACUUCGGCGGAGGCUAUUUCUUCUUCUCGCCGAUUGCUGCUGAGGUCCUCAAGCGACGCGGAUAUAAGACUACCAUUUUGAUGGGUCUCGCCCUCUACUCUCUUGGUGCAGUCUUCUUCUGGCCCGUAGCUCACUUCUCCACCCCCCAAAACAAGCUUGCAUCCUACGGCGGCUUUCUCGUUUGUACCUUCGUCAUUGCUUGCGGUCUAUCGACACUGGAGACGUCUGCCAAUUCGUACGCUGUCAUCAUCGGCGACCCAGCCUCAGCCUCAAUCCGCCUUCAAUUCUGCCAAUCCUGGAACGGAGUAGCUUCCUUCGUCGGCCCCCUCAUUGCCUCCAAGUUCUUUUUUACCGGAUCUAACGCCCAUAACCUUACAAACGUUCAAUACGUCUAUUUAGCCGUUGCCUGUCUCGGUGUUGCAGUCGCUGUUCUCUUUAUCUUCACCAGGCUCCCCGAAGUCUCCGAACAAACUCUCGCUGACAACGCUAAUAUUGAGAUCACGGCUGUUGACGAAGAGGGAAAUCAGAUCGGCCAAGCGUCUCUCUGGAAGCAAUACAACAUGUUCUUUGCGUUCGGCGCACAGUUUGCGUACGUCGGUGCCCAGGUCACCAUUGGCGCAUUCUUUAUCAAUUACGUCGUUGAAAACGGUGGCUAUGACAAACCAACUGCUUCGAAUUUCCUCUCCUACGCGCUAAUCAUUUUCACCGUCGGUCGAUUCGUUGCUGUCUGCAUUGCGUUCUUCCUUGCGCCUUCGUUCAUUAUGUGUGUGUACUCAGCACUGGCAAUUGCAUUCACGGCCGCGUCAUCUGCAGUGAAAGGCUCAGGUGGCGUUGGAGUACUCAUGGCAACGUAUUUCCUGAUGGCUCCGAUGUACCCAACGAUUUUCACCCUAGGAACUGCAAAUCUCGGAACCCAUACUCGUCGUGGUGCUGGUAUCCUGGUCAUGGGAGUCGCCGGAGGAGCCGUAUUCCCACCAAUUCAAGGUGCCGUCGCCGACUCCGCAUCAACCAGAAUCUCGAUGGUCAUUCCCCUGGUCGGCUUCGUCUACGUCUUCGGCUACUGCUUGUUCCACUGGUUCACGCACGGGCGCAACUUCCGUCGCGUCAAGGACAUCGUGGUUGCAGCCGAUACCGCUGGUCGUAAAGGCUCAGCAUGGGGAGGAGCGCUGGGUGGCGCGAUCAACUACGUUCAUUACACGGGGGAGAAGGAGUCCUUAUCCGCGCAGGGUGGGAGGAGAGCGAGUAUUAUUUCUCAUGGAAGGAGAUCUUCAGUUGCGGUGCACGUCAAGAGAGCUUCUGUUUCUCAUGGUGAAGUUAUCGAAGAGGAACAGAAGGGUAACCCUAUUCUCUUGUAGAGCCCAUGGUGGGGUUGAGGGGCUGCUGCAGCUUAGCGAGCUCAGCCCCUGAGCUCGCUAACGAGUAAGAACCCCGCUUCGGUAGCGCACGAGGAGUGGGUGGAGCGCCUUGUCCAGGAGGCUCUUUCUUUUUCAAGGAGGAUUGAUCUUCGUCUGGAAAUCAGAUCUUGGGUUGAUUAGGGAAUUCCUGUAAUUACUUAGUUUAUCGUAUAUAUUUUCAAUAUCUACUUUAUCCCCUC